GAUUCAUCAUAUUGAAAUAAUGGCAGUAUAGUUUCGGCACUUCUGUCUAUUCAGCUCCAGCGUUGAUUAGAUAAUGACGUAACGAUUACGGGCUGCACCAACAUCGGUGGUGCAGCGGUGGGGUGGCUCAGGUCUUGCGAGGAGAAAGUAUGGCUGGUGGUACGAAGACCCCGCACUCGGAGACCGCGCGGCCGCGGCCGACACACGACCGCCUGCCUGCGGGCGACUCGUUUGCGAAAUAAUGCCACUGUCUACCCGUCGCCGAAAUAGCCAGUGAACGCGGCGAGCGCGGAGAUGCCGCGCAAGUAAACAGUGCUGCAGUACCCACAGCAUCGCGCCCGAACCAGGAGCCCCACAAUGUGCCUAUGGAUAGUGCCUAUAAUCACCGUGGUCCUUUUCAAUUCGGCUGACACCAGGGAAAUAAGCUCACCGGACGGCGCUACCCUCGAUAACCAUGUGUCAUCGGGCAACAGAUCACAGCGGUUCCUAUUCGACGCAAUCUUCGGCUUGGAGGUGCCCAUCCUAGAGGAGCAGAGCAUAGAAGACGACGACGAUGACCCUCAAGUUCAGAAAUGCUCUUGUGAGUGCGGCAGAGCAAAUCCACUGCCUAGGAAGAUGGAGUGUGGCGGGUCGAACCAGGAGAAUCGGAUCGUGGGCGGCAUGCCAGCGGGCGCCAACCGGUACCCGUGGAUGGCGAGGAUCGUGUAUGACGGCCAGUUCCACUGCGGCGCGUCGCUGCUCACCAAGGAGUACGUGCUCACGGCAGCUCAUUGUGUCAGGAAGCUGAAACGCUCUAAGAUCCGCGUGAUCCUCGGCGACCACGACCAGACCAUCACCACGGAGAGCGCGGCCAUCAUGCGUGCCGUCACCGCCAUCGUCCGCCACCGCAGCUUCGACGCGGACUCGUACAACAACGAUAUAGCGCUGCUCAAGCUGCGCAAGCCCGUCAACUUCUCAAAGAUCAUCAAGCCUGUCUGCUUGCCGCCUGCUAAUGUGGAACCGUCUGGUAAGGAGGGCAUAGUGGUCGGGUGGGGUCGGACGUCUGAGGGCGGCCAGCUGCCGGCCAUCGUGCAGGAGGUGAAGGUGCCUAUCCUCUCGCUCACCCAGUGCCGCGCCAUGAAGUAUCGGGCUUCAAGGAUCACUAACAACAUGCUAUGUGCGGGUCGCGCCUCGACGGAUUCAUGCCAAGGCGACAGCGGUGGCCCACUGCUCAUACAAACUGGUGACAAAUUCCAAAUUGUUGGCAUAGUAUCGUGGGGGGUCGGCUGCGGUCGGCCAGGCUACCCCGGGGUCUACACACGAAUCACCCGCUACUUACCCUGGCUGCGCGCAAACCUGCGCGACUCAUGUCUUUGUAUUUUUGAAUUUCGAAUUUUCAUCUCCAUUUUAUUCAUAAACAUAGACAAAAUGUGGAAGUGCAUUGUAUUAGUGCUGGCCGUUACAACUUUCACGUACUCAGAGGGUGAUAUAGUUCGGGACACCCGUGGGGUUUUCACGAAAAACAUCUUCGGCGGAGUAUGGGGCAACCGGCCCCCGUUGAUGGAAGCUAAUCUAGCCAAGACCACGUGCACAUGCAAAUGCGGUGAGAGAAACGACGCGCCCCGCAUCGUGGGAGGACAAGACGCGGGCCCUCACGAGUUCCCUUGGAUGGCUCGCCUCACCUACUUCAAGCGAUUCUACUGUGGAGGCAUGCUCAUCAAUGACAGAUACGUACUCACUGCCGCACAUUGUGUUAAAGGCUUUAUGUGGUUCAUGAUAAAGGUGACAUUCGGCGAGCACGACCGCUGCAACUCGACCACCCGGCCCGAGACUCGCUUCGUGCUUCGGGCCAUCUCCAACAAGUUCAGUUUGUCAAACUUUGACAAUGACAUUGCGCUGCUGAGGCUCAACGAGAAGGUCCAGAUGUCUGGUGCUAUCAAGCCGAUCUGCCUGCCGAGUAACGAUCGCAGCCUGUACGUCGGAGUAAAGGCGAUCGCAUCUGGCUGGGGCACUCUCACUGAGGAGGGCAAGGUGUCGUGCACACUCCAGGAGGUCGAGGUGCCGGUCAUCAGCAACCAGGAGUGCCGCAGCACCAAGUACACGGCUUCCAUGAUCACCGACCACAUGAUGUGCGCUGGGUAUCCGGGAACCGGGCUAAAGGAUUCUUGCCAGGGAGACAGCGGCGGCCCGCUCAUAACGGAGAGAAAGUCCGACAAGCGCUACGAACUAAUAGGUGUGGUGUCAUGGGGCAACGGCUGCGCUCGGCCAGGAUACCCGGGCGUCUACACGCGCGUCACGCACUACCUCGACUGGAUCCGGGACAACACGCGGGAUGCUUGCUACUGCACCGACUAG